UUCGGAACGGUGAUCUGACUUAAAAUUUAUCUUUUUCUUGAUAUUAAAUUACAAUUUCUCUUAUUGGACUAAGCAUUUGGGAAGGCCAUAUGUUAUGUCCGGCCCAUUUCUACAGUCAAGAUAGCUUUCCACAUCUUUCCCUGCAUCCAAACAGACGAGCUCCCAGAACACCAACUACUCAUAAGCUGUGUGUCUCUCUCUCUGCAGAUCGUGAUCAUCUCACAGCCAAACCCAGAAGCUGAAAAAUGGCCAAAGAUCGAAAUGGUUCUCUACCUGAUAAGGACGACAAAAAAUCCAAAGGAAAAGCUCGAGAAGAUAUUGGCACCGAUUCCGAUUCGCAACAUAGAAACCUCAGCAAACAAAAAAGGGAAAAGCAGUUAGAUAAACGCUCCGAUUUUGAUUCCGAUUCUGCAGAAGAAGAAGAUAGGAAAAGCAGCAGAGGCGUUGAGCGAAAACGAAGAUCACGAAAGCGACGCAGUAGAAGCUACGAUUCAGAUUCAGGUUCCGACAGUGAAGAGUCCGAAUAUUCGGAGUCGGAGUCUGGUACAGAGGAAAGUGAGAGUGAGAGUGAGAGCGAAGAGGAGAGGAGGAGGAGGAAGAGGAGGGAAAGGAGGAAGAGGCGAGAGAGGGAGGAGGAGAGGGAAAGGAAAAGGAGGAAGAAGGAAAAAGAAAUGAAGAGGAAAAGGAAAGAGAAGAAGAAGAAAGAGAAAGAGAAGAGAAAGAAGGAUAAAUUGGAGAGAGGGAAAAGGGGUGCUGUCACUAAUUCAUGGGGAAAGUAUGGGAUCAUCAGAGAAACUGAUAUGUGGAAUAAACGACCCGAGUUUACUGCCUGGUUAGCAGAAGUGAAACAGGUGAACCUGGAAAGUCUACCUAAUUGGGAAGAGAAGCAAAUGUUCAAAGAAUUCAUGGAGGACCACAACACAGCCACCUUUCCAUCUAAAAAGUAUUAUAACCUUGAUGCUUAUCACAAGCAUAAAAUGGAGAAGGAAAUGAAAAAGGGUUUGAAGAAGGUCCUGCAAAAAGAGCGUACUGUUUUCAACGAUGAAGAACAGCGUCGGCUAGAAUUGCUGCAAGAACGGGAAAGGCACAAGGAACAACAGGUGGAAGCUUUAAAGCUCUCUAUGCAGAGUGGAAUGGCACAAGCAAUGAAAGAGCAAGCCCAGCUCAAGGAGGAGAUGGCUUACCAGUACAAGCUUGGCAACUUCGAGGCUGCAGCUGCUAUUCAAAGAAGGCUGGACCCAAAUAUUGCUAUGUGAUGUUACUGAUUUUGUCGCGAGAUUUAAACUAUUCACAGUUCACACACUCAAUAUUAUAGGAGUUAUGUUCAGAUCUCUUGCUGGCAAGAAGGUUCCGAAGGUAUCUCUAAUGAGGGUGAGCUUCCCGAGAUCACUGACUCCAUUCUACGUGAAAGGAAAGGAUCCACAUGGUGUUCUAGGUUCAUGCCUUUUUUUUUUUUUUUUAACUUCAUUUAUGGAUGUAAGUUUUGCAGAUAUUUAGGGAAGGCGUGCUUUUAUGCGCCUGUACUGUACUAAUAUAAAAUAGGGUUGUCAAUUACUUCUACGUGCAUCAAUGUUACCACGAUAUUUUAGGGUACAAUGGGGAGAAUUGAUUAAAUUUCAUAUUCA